GACCCCGCGGCCCCGUGACCCCCGCGGCCCGUGCUCAGGCGGCAGUUGGCGCACCAGUGGCCGCGCCUCCGCCUUCGCGGCGCUCGCAGCUCCCGGCGGACUCCAUGCGGCCGGCGCUGCUCCUCCUGCUCCUGGGCCUGGGCCUGCGCUGCGGCGGCCUCCCUCCGCCCCCCGCCACUCGCGGGGCCCGGACCGGCGUCUCCAUCCGGGCUCCGGGAGCGCCUGCCGCGGCCCCGGGCGGCUCACCCCCGGCCGGGCCCCGCCUCCCGGCUCCCGGACAGGCGGCCGCGCUGCGCUCCUUCGCCCAGGGCCUCCGUCCGCUCCCCGGCCAUGCUCGCCUCGGCCUGCGGCCACGCGUGGCCCUCGGCGGCGGCGUCCUGAGUGGAAGUGGCCGCGGCCUCUGCUCCUCCCGCGGCCCCGCAUGGCGGCCGCGCUGGCACCGCCGCCACGUGCGCGUCCUGCUCCGCGCGCUCCGUGCCCGCCGCGCAGCGCCCACCCGCGUGGACCCGCACCUGCUGGCGCGCGGGGGCCAGCUCUCCCUGCGGAGGCCCGCCCCCCUGCGCCGCUUGCUCCGGCCUCGGGAACGGACCUUGCACCUCGGGCUGGUCAGCCCCAAGGACGCCUCCUCAGCCUCCAGGGGCCUUCACCCCGACGCGGGCUUCAAGGCCCAAACCAAGUGUCCGACAGAUGUCAGCUCGGGCUGGCCAGCCGGGGAGUCCGCCCCCUCCUGCCGGUUCUCGAGACAGGUGACUUGCAGCAUCAAGAAGGUGCAGAUCAACAGGAACCCGGGCCUGCCCGCUGUGCUGCUGACCAGGAGGAUGGACAUUUCCCUAAAUGCCACCUUUCAGUACGACUGCCCCGUGGCUCACACCGCUCAGCCCAACUGGGAGAUCUUCUCCGUGCGCUCUUUCCGCCACCAGCCGGACUGGACGAAACCUCUGGUGGUGCCCGGCUUCCAGUUAGGGAACGAUCCAACAGUCAUGCACAUCCCCAAGAAAACGUUAUCUUUGGGGGUGUACGUGUUCAAUUUCUCAGUGACCCUGGUCCCCUCCUUGCCACAAGCUGCAGUGGACAAAGGCUCAGAUAGCAUCUACGUCUCGAUCCUUAGUGACUUCCUGCAGGCGGUUCUUCUUGGGGAGGUCAACAUGACAAUUAAGUUCACAGACCAGCUGGUUCUGGACGGAUCAACGUCCAUGGACCCAGAUGUCGACGACCCGUUAGAGGGAGUCCAGUUCUCCUGGUUCUGCACCACAAAUUCCAAGAACUACAACAGAGACAAAAUAAACGUGAUAAGCAAGGAAGUUUGCCUCCCAAAGCAGGUGGAUCUCAAGCUGACCUGGGCCUCUGACCCUGUACUGACAAUUUCCCCAGAAACACUUAGAGGGGGCCACGUGUAUUUUUUCAGAAUGGUGAUACAGAAGGCCCCCAGAUCCGCAUAUGCUGAUAAAAGGGUCCACGUGCUCCAAGCACCGGCACCGAAAGCAAGUAUUUCGUGUAUUGAAAACUGUGGCAGGAUUUUGGUUCUAUCAGAUCGGUUCUCUCUGUCUCUAAAUUGCCCCGAUUGUGCCAGAAGCCGGGAAGCGUACAAGUGGUCCAUCCUGCGGGCUUCAGGGGAUGAGGUCGCAUUUGAUUGGUUGGGGCAGACUUCAACGGGGAGGGACAGUGAUUCUUUGUCUAUAAAAACUUUUGCUUUUAGGAAUUUUUCUGAAGCUCAGUACUGGAUUGCUUUAGAUCUGGAAACUUGGGGUGGAGUGAACUUGAACCUCAGGCAUUCCUUUACUGUUAACUACGCCCCUGCAAUUGGAGAUUGCAAAAUUAAUCCAACUAGUGGGACUGCCUUUUUUACUAAGUUUGUUGUCCAGUGUAAUAAUUUUAAGGAUCAGAACAUCCCUCUGACAUAUAAAAUGAUCGUGUCUGAUUUGUACGAUGGCUUUGGCGAAAUCAGUUCUUUAACAGAGAACACCUUGGGGCCCAUCCUGUAUGUGGGCAAUGAUCCUGAAUGCCCCCCUUCCUUUCUCCCCAUCGGUGGCGGGGACAGUCAUUACUCCUUGAAGGUCUUUGUCCAGGUGUAUGACUCUCUGGCAGCUUUUUCUCAGGUGACUCUUCACGCCACUGUACAAGCUCCUACCGGCCAAGCCUCACCCCAGGCCAUACUGAAGCAGUUAGUCAAUUUCACCGUGGGACAAAAUUCAGAGAUCUCUGCUUCGCUUCAAAAGCAGGAGUUUUUGUUCGCGGGUUACUUAAUGUACGUAGCGGCCUCCGUUCUGAACAGCAUGAAACCCGAACCAGCCCUGCAGGCGGACAAAGCCAGGCUCCGGGAACACCUGGUCAACCAGUCUGCCCUCCUCCCCAUGAACACCCUGAUGGCGAUUAACCAGGUGGUCACGGUGGUUGCCAAGUUAACCCAGAGAACGUCGGAAUUUCCUCCGGUUGCUCGGCAGUCUGCCACAGAGAGGAUGUGGCAAGCAAAUCGAGCCUUCCAGCAGCAUCAGCAGAAAGGCCAAAGCCUGCACUCUGAGCAGAUAGAGAUCAUCAGCACCGGGAUCCUAACCAGCGUGUCGAACAUCCUAAAAAUGGCCGAUCCUCACGUAAUUUCUGUCGACCCUUUCCGGCUCAUACAGUCCCUAGCAGACACGAUCCUGGCCGGCAAAGUGCCGGAUGAUGGGAGCACCGUGAUGAGCUCCGCCAGCUUUACCAUGUACGCCAGCAAGAUGGAAAAGUGGGCUGUUUCCAACAGCAUGUUGGGCAACGAGAGACGCUGUCGAAAUUGUUUCCAACCAACACUAAAUGUGAGCAGCAUUCCUCGUCUGUCUGCCAACACUCCUGUUUCUGUGGUGUUUUGUGAGUUUGCAGACGACCCCUUCCCUUGGUUAAAUUACCAGGACAGCCUUGCGGCAGAUGUGGUUGGAUUCAGAUUGACGGGAAUCGCGGCCAACGGUGACGAGCUGGAGGUCACCCCCGACGUAGUGGACGUGUAUGUCAGCAGGAGGAACCUGAGCUCUGCAGCUUUCAACCUCACCGUGGGCCCCGACCACGAGCCUGAUAACGCUGACGAGUCCUCGAGGAUGACGACGGGGGCGUUCCGCUUCCAAGUGGACAGCCAUGCGGUGCGGGAGCUGCUGGUUCACAUCGUGACGGAGGUGACCGUGCAGUUCACUGCGCUGGUGUACGCCGGCGGGCGGAUCACCCCCUCCGCCUUGGUCGCCACCUUCCUUGUGCCCCACGGUAUCCCUCCCAUUGCCAACCAGAGCGGCCUGUUCGACCCGGGCUGUGCAGUGAGCGUGCCCCGCCUGGUUUGCCUCCCGCUGUCCCUGCUACAGGUCAUAGCUCAGCGGGGCCACUCGCCUGAGUGUGUCAUAAUCAUGGUUCUGAAGGCACCUCAUUUUGUCAUGCAGCCCAGUGACAAGCUGGUGAGGAUUUCUCUUUUCAGUGUCCGCUGCCUGGACAUGUACGGGGUCCAGAGCGACUGGACAGAAGACACCUGUGUCCUCGGGGAGAAGACCACCUGGGACCGAGUGCACUGUGUCUGCAGGAAGGCCAGGCGGGCCCGGCGGCAGCUGGCCAACAUUCCCUUGCACUUCCGCUACUUGACUGCCAAGGUGAUCGUGCCCCCUAACCCUGUGGAUCUACGGUUAGAGGUCAUCAAGAAUGUCACCCAGAACCCCGUGACACUCUUCGCCGUCCUUUUCAUUCUGGUCACGUACAUCGUCCUAGCUUUCUGGGCCUUGCACAGAGACGAAACAGACCAGUACCUUCGGGACCACACCAUAGUCCUCCCUGAUAACGACCCUUACGAUAACAUAUGUUACCUCAUCACUUUUUUCACAGGAAGCCGUUGUGGGUCCGGCACCAGGGCCAAUGUUUUUGUCCAACUUAGGGGGACACAGAGCACCAGCGAUGUGCAUUGUCUAAGCCACCCACAUUUUAAAACUCUCUACCGGGCAAGCGUCCACACUUUCCUCCUAACGACCAGCAGGGACUUGGGGGACAUUCAGUCCGUCCGCGUGUGGCACAACAACGAGGGCCAUGCCCCCGGCUGGUACUUAAGUCGAAUCAAAGUGGAGAACCUGUUCAGCAGGCACAUCUGGCUGUUCAUGUGUCGCCAGUGGCUUUCUAUCGAGACCUCUCUGGACAGAACGUUUCCCGUCACCGACCCCGAUGCGCCGCUGCAGAGGAUGGACUUCUUGCUCAUCGAUGCGACGGACAACCUGGCGAAGAAUCACCUGUGGUUCUCCGUGUUUGCCGGCGUCGUUGCCCACGGCUUCAAUCGGCUGCAGCGGCUGUCCUGCUGCCUGGCCAUGCUGCUGUCCACCCUCCUGUGCAACAUCAUGUUCUUCAACCUGGACACGGAGAAGCAAGACAAACAAGACCAAGGGAACCGAUAUGUCCGAUCGAUGAUCAUCGGCUUGGAGAGCGCCAUGAUCACCCUCCCGGUGCAGGUCAUAAUCACGGGGCUGUUCACCUACUCCCAGCGGAGACCGCAGGUGACCCUGGACAAGGUGAUGCCUCAGGAGUACCCCGAGGUGGCAGAGGUGAGCGGCCACUGGGAGGAGCGGCUGGAGAGGUGGCACGCCCAGGAGACGGCUGCAGAGGAGCGCUCCCAAGAGGCGCGUGCCCAGAAGGCGCGGUCCCAGAAGGCGCGCUCCCAGAAGGCGACCUCCAAAGCAGGGCACUCGCUUAGGAAAAAAGACAGCAAAGGCCCACACACCCCUGGCACCAACGCCAACGCCAACAACGAAAACAUGAACAACAGUCCCCAGGUGCCCUCCGCACAGCCGCCGCCCCCGCCCCAAGACCAAGAACCGCAGGAUCCGCUUGCACCCCCGCCCCCACCCACAAAGCCCAGGACCACCCUGCCUGGGUGGUGGAAGUGGGUCGCGUGGUUCUUGGUCUUCGCCACUUCGGGGGUGUCCUCGUUCUUCAUUGUGUUUUACGGCCUGACCUACGGCUAUGAGAAGUCGAUUGAGUGGCUCUUUGCAUCGCUCUGUUCCUUCUGCGAGUCCGUCUUCCUGGUGCAGCCCUCGAAAAUUAUCCUCGUGACAGGCAUGCGAACCAACAGGCUCAAGUACUGCAAGAACCUCUCCUGGGUCAGCAACUAUCGCUACACCGAGAUCCAGCUGCAGGACCGCAGGCUGCGUCCCAAGGAGAUGCACCAGCGGCACCAGGACGUCGCCCGCCUCCGAGGCAGCCGCAUGUACCAGCCUCUCACGCAAGACGAAGUCGGGAUAUUCAGAAGGAAGAGGGCGCUCAAGAGGCGAGCCCUGCUGUUCCUGGGUCACUUCCUCACUCACUGCAUCUUUCUGGCCCUCCUGCUGGGCCUCGUCGCCCUCCUCCGCCGCACGGACAGCUUCCGCUACAACCAGUUCAUCCGCAGCCGCUUCUCCGUGGAUCUUGCUACGGUCACCAAGCUGGACCACAUCUACCCGUGGCUCCACAGCGUGCUGCUGCCUUUGUUUCACAACGACCUCCACCCAACGUUUCUUCCCGACAGCUCCUCCAAAAUCCUCGGCCUCCCACUGCUGAGGCAGGUGAGGGCCACGCCUGGCCCCAGGGCCUGUCGGCCGGCCAAGCGCUUUCCGCCCAACAGCAUCGAAGGGGAGAUUCGCUGCCAUCCCGAGUACGGGGCCGACCCAGAGGACACCAGCGACCACCCCGGCUCCUGGAAGAAAGUUGCUAAGCGGCAGGCAGACAAGAACAACGGGUUUACCUAUAAGCCUCCGGAGGGGAGGUGGGUGUACUACUCCUACGGACUUCUCCACACCUACGGGUCGGGGGGGUAUGUUUUCUAUUUCUUCCCAGACCAGCAGCAGUUUAAUUCCACGCUGAGGCUCAGGGACCUCCAGAGCGGCCGCUGGCUGGACGAGAAGACGUGGGCUGUGAUCCUGGAGCUGACCACGCUGAACGCGGACGCGGGGCUGCUCGGCAGCACUUCCGUCCUGUUCGAGGUCUCUCCGUUAGGGGUCGUGAACGCGAGCAUAUCCGUGCACUCCUUCUCGCUGGCGGAUCUGAACAGAGACACGUCGGCAGAGAUCUACCUGUACGUGGCCAUUCUCGCGUUUUUCGGGGCCUACGUCGUGUACGAGGGCUACGUCAUCACGCAGAAGGCGGCCUCCUACCUGGCCAAUGCGAACAACUUGUUCAACUUGGCACUCAAGUGCACCCUCGCCGUGCUGAUUGUGCUGUUUCUCAGGAAAUACUCCUUGGCCGCUGGCAUCACUCAGUUCUACUCAUCGAACCCCGUGGGUUUCAUUCCCUUUCACGCCGUUGCGCAAGCGGACCGCGCCCUGGGGACCGUCCUCGGCCUCCUGCUGUUCCUGACCAUUCUGAAGACCCUCAGGUACUUCAGGUUCUUGUACCACGUGCGCCUGGCGGAGCGGGUCCUCCAGACCGCCCUGCCCGGCAUCUGCCACGUGGCGCUCCUGGUGUUCGUGUCUUUCUUUCUGUUCGUGGCUUUUGGCCACCUGGUGUUCGGUCAGCACGAGUGGGGCUACAGCACCGCGAUCCGCGCCACGCAGACCGUCUUCUCCUACUGCACGGCAGCCCUCCGGGACGCGGCGUUUUCCAGCCACAGGGCCCUCGGGGUCCUGCUCCUCGCGGCGUUCGUGCUGCUGCUGAUCUGCGUAUUGAUCCACUUGUUCACGGCUGUGAUCCUCUCUGCCUACAAGGCCCUGAGGCAGCCCGUGUAUGAGGAGCCUUCGGGCGAAGCGGAGGCCAUCGCCUACCUGUGCGGCAAGCUCCGGACGGUGUUUGGCUGCCUGUGCUGCCAGCCCAAGGCCCAAGAGCAGCGGGAGCUCUUCGUGGACAUGCUGUACGGGAAGCCGGAGAGGCACAGCAGCCACUACCUGGGGCUGAAGACCAGGAACAUCAACGAGAAGAAGAUGGUGUACCUGGUGGUGUGACUGGGAUAGUUUCCGGGCUGCAGGCAAGGCUCUCCCGCCUGAUGUUCAGUUUAGAGGUUCCGUCCUGCUGUCUGCCUGUGUCCUGCACAGUGCACACCCCCACAUUUUACAGGGUUCCCACUCUCGGUCGCCACUUUUAGGAACGUGACAGGAAGGAGUAUAGCACACACCCGGGGCGG